AUGGCACAGAGAUGGACAGCUAUUGAUGGCCUUUUACAUAAAUGGCACAGAGAUGGACUUUCACAAUCUGAAGUUGUGAAAAGGAUUUCAGAGUGCACCCUUUUUGUUACAUGUGAGCCAUGCAUAAUGUGUGCAAGCGCCUUAUCAGAUUUUGGUUUGAAGGAAUUUUACUAUGGAUGUACCAAUGAUAAGUUUGGGGGAUGUGGUCCAAUUCUUUCAUUGCAUGAAACCAGCUGCGUACAAUCAAAUAAUGCUGGCAUAACUGGUUUAAAAUGCUCUGGAGGAAUAAGGGCACCAGAAGCAAUUUCUCUUUUCAAAAUCUUCUAUCAACAUGGUAAUCUUAAUGCUCCGAAGCUUCAUCGAGCAGAUUUCAACCUUAGUACUUUUCUCUUGUUGGCUGUCCUUUUGGAGACUCUCUUUCUUGUUACUAGAACAUCAGCUUUAAUUGUAAGGAGCAAGUAGUUUAAGCGUGAAAUUCAAGAGCUUUGUCACUGGCUAAUUGCAUUAUAUUCAUUAUUUGUCCGCAAUUAAAUCUAUGUCCUGCAAUGCUUAUUAGCUCGUGAAGAUGCGUAUUGCAAGAGCUUGGGAGGUGCAUUGCUAUAUAUGUGCUACAGAUAGCUUAGCAUGUGGCUGCUAUUCGAUCUUCCCGAAACCUAUAAGCUUCUUGAUCUGGAUUCAUGAACUGGAUUCCUGAUUUCCUGGUGGUUGUCUAUUUUGAAGCGGGUAAUGAAUUACUAUUGGAACUUUAAGCAUCUAUAUUUGUCACUGGCUAAUUCCACCCCCUUUUUUCUUUCUCUGAAGAAUCUUUUUCUUCUUUACUUGCAUCCAAUACCUCUUUACCAUGACAACUAGUAGAAAUUUAUGUCUUUUUACAUUCUUUUGUUGGACAUUUGAAUGAGUGUGAUUAUAUUGUUUUUCUUAUUUCAUGGUAUAAUUGAAAGUCCAUCUUAGUUUAAUAUGGAAAGGAGCUGUAGCAUAAUAGACCUGAAUGCAUAAGUGAAUAUUGGUUUUACUUGGCGUUCUAUAUCUGUAACAUAAAUUGGAAAUAUGAAUGGUUGUCUGUUUCCUCCAUAGUUUUAUAUAGGGUAUGGAAAAUUAUAGGGGCCAUUCUAUGCGAAAAAUUAGGGUAAAAGUAGCAGAAAAGUGUAAUUUUUAUGUGACUUCUUGUAAUCUUUAAUGUUCCAGUGUCUAAAAGUGUCUUUCUUUGGGACACAUGCUAAACUAUAAGAAAUUACAGAUUUUUACUAAAAGCAAGAAGAUA